CACUCCGUCGGCUCGCGCUGGAGUUCGACCGUGACGUGCCUCGGUGGUGGAGAUCAACGGAGGUGGGCGCGGCUCCAAGGCAUCCGGCGGCUCGUACGAGUGACAAAGCUACCGGGACGUGCGCUCCAGCCACAGCCGCUUCUAACAUGGAGACGCUGAAGCCUACUUUAGUGGCUGCUACCGGGUUCGACGCCACAGCCGACGCGCUGAACCUGCGCGAUGCCAUGAAGGGCCUCGGGACGGACGAGGACCGGAUCAUCGACGUACUGACCCACCGGAGCAGCCUGCAGCGGGCCGAGAUCGCCGCCAAGUACAAGGUCGCCUACGAGAAGGACCUGGAGGAGGCCUUCAAGUCGGAGCUUCAUGGUGACUUUGAGCGGGUGUGCCGGUACAUGGUGCGCCCGCUGACGACGCUGCUGGCCGAGGAGCUGCACCGCGCCAUGGACCGGCCGGGCACCAAGGAGGGUGUCCUGGUGGAGAUCCUCUGCUCGCGCAGCAACGCUGAGAUCAGGCACAUCAGCAUGGAGAGUACCACAAACCGGAACUAA